AUGUUUGGCGAAGAAGCGGAGGUGCAGCAUACGCCGCAAGGUUCUCUCGCUAAUCCAAUUAAAGGUUCCCAAUUCUCCUACGCGGAGCCGACGACGGCGACGUGGCGCUCGCAAGGGCACAAGCGCUUCAGCCUAUUGCCCCCACGCAAUUGGUGCGUUCUCGCCAAUGACUCAGAGGAGCAGACACGCACGCACGGAGGCACAAGCACCGAGGCGCGCGUGUGUGGAGUGCCUUCGCCUUUGCAUUACACCGGCCUCGGUCCUGGAGUGGCAGUGCCAUCGUUUUGGGCGCAUCUACUAGAUUCGCGGAUAACUGCAAUAAAUAGUUCGAAGUGUGUGGACGCGGGCCAAUGCCUCACCGUCCUCGCACCCAGCAACGCCGCCUGGAACCUGCGUGCGGCCAGUCUCGCCUGGCCAACGCUCUCAAUUGAGGAGAAGCAGAAAAUUAUUUACGGAAUGUACUUUGAAAGCCCAAAGUCGGGUUCAAUUCCAACGAAGCUGUCCACACAGAACUGGCAAACUGCUGGAGUAGCGCUGCCGUUAAUUGACGUCGGGUUUGGCAAGGGAGCGCUUUACAACGAAAUAGUUGGUCCGCGCUAUGCCUUCUCGUUUUCAGGAACCCCGGCGGCGUACUUCAUCAAUGAUGCUAAAGUGGAGCGAGCAGAUGUUGAUGCUACGAAUGGAAUGAUUCAAAUCAUGGACAAAGUCGUAAAUUAUCCCUAUGAGUCCAUGGGUUUUUUUCAGUACCUAAGUCAAGCACAAGAUUUGACAAAAAUGCUUACAUUGUGGAACAAGCUUAGAAUAACGGGAACACCCCUUUAUACUCAACUUACCAACCAGAUUUACAUGGGCAAGACCCUUUACGCGACGUACUUUGUGGUUCCCGAUUCUGUCUGGAAUCAGCUUCCACCAAAGACAUAUCAGGAUCUUCUAGACAACGAGACGCUCAUGAUAAAAGUAUUGGCUAAUCACUACGCUCCAAAUCAGCUCUUCUAUCCGAGAUGGGUCAGAGGAUCGAGUGGUAGAGCGAUCAACUUCUACGUCGGUUUUCCUAACGAUCCACUUCCGGAAGCCGUAAACACUCAAUCUCUUACACCCGGCAAAAUGGCCGGCUCCGUUGACAACAGCGCGUUGACGAUAACGGUACAAAACUCCUAUGCUGAGACGGUAGGUUUGGCUGUGGUGCUGCGGAAUGCCGUGCUUAUACCCGUUUCCGCGCCGCUCGGUUAUUUAUCCGAAACCACGCAGGACGCUUUGGCUCGUCUCUCACCCACAUUUCUUCGUGUAUGUACGCUGGAUACCGCCUGCAACGCAAUUUUACAAUCAACUACAGAAAAGACUGUCUUUGCACCAGUCGACUGGACUCAGUUCAAUACUCUCUCGUCAGCUAACCAAAGUGAAUAUCUAAAACUGAUGAUAGUUCCCGAAAGAAUCCUUAGGCCACAAAUGACCACGGAUAAAUAUGUCACUGUGGGGAGCAUUCCAGAUGCAAUUCGCUUUCGGACAAGAAACAGUGUGUUGAAUGUGGAAGCGCGGACUCCAGGUAAUGGUUAUGUACCCGUGGCUCUCGCUGACUCGGAGAGUUCCGGUUCAGACGGAGUAGUCUACCUCGUAACUGGGGUGCCGGGUCUGCCCACACAGACGGUGCGAAAUUUCCUCGGUGGUGACUCGGCAUUCAGGAACUACGUCAACACAGGAAUCCUUGACCAUCAAAUCAGGGGUGGUCCCUACACGUUCUUUGCAGCCGACAACGGUGCACUUGAUGCCAUGCGAGCAGAUGCGAAUUUGGGAGCAAAAAUAUACGAAAGUGUUGAACGACGUAUUUAUGUACUGCGGCGCUCAGUUUUUCCAAUGCAAUUAUUACUGAAUGAAUUGAAUACAUCAGUGAUGUAUGAUGUGGCCACAGCUAACAAUGCUUUCACUCUAGAGUAUGUCCGCUUCGUGAUGCAGGUUGAGGGCGGACUGAACACUGCAACCGUGAAUGGGACCGUAACGGUUUCAAUGACCGACGGCGGAUAUCAAUGCACCGAUGGAUGGGUGUAUCAUGUGAAUAAGAUGUUCUAUGUCGCGGAUGAUCUUACCAGAAGCCUCUGCACUAUGCCGGCCUGCCCAAAAACAAAUUAA